AUGUCCUUCUCCAGCCAGCAGCUCAGCUCCCGCUGCUUCCCACCCUGCGAGGUGGCGUGCCCACAGCCCAUCACCAACGCCUGGAACCAGCCCUGCGUCACCUCCUGCGGGGACUCCCGUGCCGUGGUCUACCCACCACCCGUGGUCAUCACCUUCCCAGGUCCCAUCCUCAGCUCCUGCCCUCAGGAGAGCUUUGUGGGCAGCUCGUCCCCCCUGGGGCUGGGCCGCCCCAGGGGCCUGCAGGGCUCCCUUGUCUACGGGGGCUCCUUGUCCUCCUCCUCCUCCAGCCAGCUCUGGAGCCAGCGGGGGCUGUGCUGUGGGCCAUGCUAA